AUGGGUCCUGCUCUCCUCCUGCUGCUCACCACAGCUGGCUUCUGGCAUGGCUCAGCAUCUCCAGUGAUCAGCCCUGACCUCCCUGCUCUGGUUGUCAACAAAGGUGAUCCAGUCCUCUUGCACUGCUCAGGAGAGUCUGAAGUUGCAUGGAAUAGCAAAAUGAAUAAAUUCCAUAACCACACUAUCAGCACACUCAGUAUUCCCGAGGCCAGUUACAGGAACACAGGCACCUACAGCUGUGGUUAUGUCAACAGCAGUGACAAGGGCAUUGCAGCCAUCCACCUGUUUGUGCGAGAUCCUGGCAACGUGUGGUACGUCCCCUAUUUCCGGGUCGGGGCAAUUAAAGGCGGGAAUGUUGAUCUCCCCUGUCUCAUCACGGCCCCCGAGUAUGGAUCCAGUGUGACUCUGAUAAUGGAAAAUGCCCCUUCUCUCCCACCUGGGACCAACUACUCCUUCAGUGCUGAGAGAGGAGUAAGACUGUACAAUGUACAAAACAGCCAUAAAGGUUCUUACCGAUGCCAAGCACAGAUAAAUGGAAUAAUAAGGAAUUCAUCAAAAAUAAAACUGAUUAUAGAAGAAGCACUGGUGAAGCCUGUGUCAGUGAUGAUGGACCCCGCAGACCAUGUGCGGAUCGUGGGAGAACCUUUCCAAGUCACCUGCAGAGUGACUGCUCCUUCCCACAAGUAUGACAUCAGAUGGGAGACAGCAGCAAAGACAGUGAAGAGAACUAAAAUGGCUGGCUUAGAAAAUGAUAACUACUUCAUCAAUGACACCCUGUCCGUUGCAGCCGUGACCAUGGAAGACAGUGGGAAGUACACCUGUAUAGCUAACAAUUCAGCAGGAUCCAGGAAUGCCUCAACAACGCUUCAGGUAGUAGAGAGAGGUUACGUGCACCUGAUCCCAGGCCAAGCCACCAGCAUGGAGGUUGCUCUGGGAGAGAGUGUGGAGCUGCAGGUCCACAUUAAGGCUUACCCAAAACUUCUCCAGUGGGCUUGGGAACACAGGAAUCCCUUGAAGGACUCUAAACCCACCAUAUUCAAGGGUGAAAUGAUCUCUGGAAACAACUGGUACAACACCACACUCUCCCUGCACCGCCUGAAGGAAGGAGAGGAAGGGUUCUACACAUUUUAUGCCUUCCACAGCGUGACCAAUGAAUCAGUUACCUUCAGUAUCUUUCUGAAAUCCUCUCCAAAGGCCUGCAAAAUCAAGGUGCCAGCCGAUGACUCCAGCACCCUUCAGUGCGUGGCCGUGGGGUACCCUGCCCCACGCAUCGAGUGGUACCAGUGCCCCGUCCACUCGGACAGGUACAGCGAGGACUACAGGCUGAUACGGAAUGACUCCAGACCUCAGGUGGUGAAUAUGUUGCCUUUCCAAGAGGUGGAGGUGGAGAGCAUCAUCCUCUUUGAGGAGCUGGGUGACAAUUUCACCUUCUGCUGCGUGGCCAUUAACGGGGAAGGGAACACCUCUGACAUGUUUCACUCACUCACCAUCACCAGGAAUGUCAUGGCCCUUCCAAACAAGCUCUUCAGCCCUGUUCUCUCCACCUGCAUAGGCACAUUGGUGCUGCUGCUCCUCCUGCUCCUCUUCCUACUCUACAAGUACAACCAGAAACCCAAGUACCAGGUGCGGUGGAAGAUCAUCGAGGCCUGUGAAGGCAAUAAUUACAUCUUUAUCGAUCCCACUCAGCUGCCAUACAAUGAAAAAUGGGAGUUUCCAAGGAACAACCUCCAGUUUGGAAAAACUCUUGGAGCAGGAGCCUUUGGAAAAGUGGUAGAAGCCACAGCUUUUGGGCUGGGCAAAGAAGAUUCGGUGCUCAAAGUGGCUGUGAAGAUGUUAAAGUCUUCAGCAGACAGGGAUGAGCAGGAGGCUCUCAUGUCUGAGCUGAAGAUCAUGAGUCACUUGGGACACCACGAGAACAUUGUUAACCUGCUGGGGGCAUGCACCUGCGGAGGCCCAAUCCUUGUCAUCACCGAGUACUGUCGCUAUGGAGAUCUGCUGAAUUUCCUGAGGAAGAAGACUGAAUCUAUAAUUAUUCAGGAUUCUGCCCUGGACACCUCUAUAGACAGUGCUGCUGAUUACAAAAACAUUGAGCUAGAGAAAAAAUACAUCCGCAGUGACAGUGGCUUUUCAAGCCAGGGUUUGGAAACGUAUGUUGAAAUGAGGCCUGUGUCAUCAUCAGCAGCAGCAGCAUCAGAUUCUGCGCAAGCCAGGGGAAGAAGCUUGGAGGAAGAUGAAGCCAGGGAGGAUCUCCGUCCCCUCAAUCUCUCUGACCUGCUACAGUUCUCCAGCCAGGUGGCCCAGGGCAUGGCGUUCCUCGCAUCAAAGAACUGCAUCCACCGUGACCUAGCAGCCAGGAAUGUGCUCAUAUCAGAUGGACGGGUAGCCAAGAUCUGUGACUUUGGCCUGGCCCGGGACAUCAUGAAUGAUUCCAAUUAUGUUGUAAAAGGCAAUGCCCGCCUGCCCGUGAAAUGGAUGGCCCCAGAGAGCAUCUUUGACUGCAUUUACACAGUGCAGAGUGAUGUGUGGUCUUACGGCAUCCUGCUCUGGGAGAUCUUCUCCCUCGGGAAGAGCCCCUAUCCUGGCAUGGUGGUGAACAGCAAGUUCUACAGCAUGGUGAAGCAGGGAUACCAGAUGGCCAGGCCUGACUUCGCUCCCUUGGAGAUGUACAGCAUCAUGCAGGCAUGCUGGAGCCUGGAGCCCACACGGAGACCCACCUUCGACCAGAUUGGCUGCUUCAUCCAGAAAGAGCUGGAGCUGCAUAAGGAGCAGGACUACACCAACCUCCCCUCCAGUGCUGAGGAAGACAGUGGCUGUGACACCUCUGGCUGCUGUGAGGAGUCCUGCGAGCAAGAGGAGAGCGGGCAGCCGCUUCUCAAGGGCAACAACUACCAGUUCUGUUAG